AUGAAAUUUGAGGACUUACUGAUGCAGCCGAGUGAAGAAAAGCAACUAGUUGCAGACCUCCAAGGAGAGGUGAAGAAAUUGCAGCAAGAGCUUGAUGGGGAGCUGCAACUACAGAGGGCUCUGCAAUGUGUCUGGGAACAACCAUUUCAUUCUUCUCGAUACAUCACCUCCUUGCUUCCUCCCAAGGUACAGAUGCUGCUAACUGAAUUGACAAUGGUGGAAGAAGAAAUUAUUUGGCUGGAGAGGAAGGUUGACGAACUCAAGCUAAAACUGUACCAAGAAAAGAAGCAGACCAGUGAUUGGGAAAUGCUGUGGUUACAGAACUUGCAGCUCCAACCCAGGCAAUGGCGCAAAAAGCAACUAAUCUCCCAGCAGAAACUUCGUGCAGAUCGUGCACAACAAAAAAAACAUGGCAUUACUCAGGACGGUAGGACCUCUGUUGGUUCUUCCUUGGAUAUGCAAAGCUCCUCCCCCUUUGAAUCCAGUGAAACUAUCUUCACAGAGGAAAUAGACCAGAAUUCCAGAUGCUCAAGUUCAAGAAGUUGGGGAAGCCAUCGCCAACUACACAUGGAAUUUGAUGAUGAUAAGCCGAAUAAGCUGUCCGAGGAGCUCAUCAAAUCUUUAAUAGGCAUCUUCCUUGAGCUGAACCAGGCAACAUUCCAGAUGAAAGGAUCAGCUCUUUUUCCAAAGUGUAACCUUUCCUACAUGAAACCAAGAGGCCUUAGGUCAAAAACACCAUUCAGUUGCAGGACAUCCCCAUUCUACUGGGAUUCUGACAAAUCAAAUCUAGAUCCAUAUCGAAUACUGCAAGACGUGGAUGUCACCAUUAGAGACAUAGGACCUUAUAAGGAUUUUGUCCAGAUUACUCGAAAUUCAAUUGACACAAGCCACUUAUCUGAAUGUCGCCCAGCACUGAGAAAAUUGCGGGUUCUAAUGCAUAAGCUCAGAGAUGUGGACCUAUCCUACUUGACCUACAAGCAGAAGUUGGCAUUCUGGAUUAACACCUACAAUGCGUGCAUCAUGCAUGCAUUUCUGCAACAUGGGUUUCCUUCAAACCAGGACAAACUACUGACAGCCAUGAAUGAGGCAGCAAUAAAUGUUGGCGGUAUCGUAAUGAAUGCUCUGGCAAUUGAGCAUUUUAUCCUUCGUCAUCCAACAGAAAAUAAACAGGGACUUACACAUGAGAAGGAAAUGCUCCUAAGACAUGCUUACGGUCUUGGUUAUCCAGAACCCAAAGUCACGUUUGCUCUCUGUCGAGGCUGCUGGUCUUCCCCUGCAUUAAGGGUUUAUACACCAGACGACAUCGUGAAUGAACUAGAAAGAGCAAAAGUGGAGUACCUGGAAGCUGCUGUCGGAGUAACGAACAAGAAAAAGAUUAUGGUGCCCAAACUAGUGGAGUGGCACAUGAGAGACUUUGCAGAUGACAUGCAAUCCUUACUAGAGUGGAUAUACAGCCAGUUGCCACAAUCCGGAUCUCUGAAAAGGUUGAUCAAAGAAUGCCUAAAUGAUGAUAGGAAAUCUUCCUUGGCUAAAAUGAUUGAGAUUCAACCUUACACAUUUGAGUUCCGUUAUGUAAUCUCAUUGUGA